AAACUCUCAAAAACCAAAAUCAAUAAUUUUUUAUUCUCCAUUGAUUCUCAAGAUGGAAGCAAGACCAAGAGUGACAAGAUCCGGCCGAUUGAACCCUGAUUCUGAAACAGGGCAAGUUAUUGAUGUUCCUUUUAAUGAAGAUGUGGUGAACCACUCUCUCCAAACACUAAAUCCCUAUGUGGUGAACCAAUCUGUUCAAACACCUGCAAAUCCUCCACAAAUCACUCAUACAAGGAACCCUGAAAAGGAAAAAGAAGCCCUGGAACUUCCAAUGUGUGACAUUUCUACGAUGAUAGUUAAGCGAGCUAAGUGGAUAGCUAGGGGACUGCAACGUAACAUUGAGGAGGUCUUAUAUUUGGACAAAAAACACCGUUUCUCAUACUUCAGUAGUUACAUAAUCCAAUGAGGGAUGAUCUAUAUUCUGACGACGAGGAUGAUUGGAUUAG